AUGGCUGCUGCAGCUCAGGAGCUCGCGCCAAAGGUGACAAUUCCUCGCCAACCUGGUGUCACUGAGGGUGCUUGGGAUCGCGCUGACGUCAUCGCAGUGAAAGAGGCGCUGAGGGAUUCUCAACAAGCCAGCACAUCUGGAAGGGGGCCAGACACUGGUGGCCAGGUGUUGCUGGGCAAUACCUUGGAGGAGCUGCAGGAGUUUGCCAAGGCGCAGGGACAGCCAGCCUACAGGGGGAAGCAACUGUACGAUGGCUUGAUGCACGGCGCACACAGCGUGAACGACAUAACCAAUGUGCCCGGCAGCUGGCGACAGGAGCUGGUGAGGCAGGGGGUGACGACGGGGCGCUCCAAGCUUUUCAAGGAGGUGCGCGCGGCGGACGGCACGCGGAAGUUUCUGCUGCAGCUGCACGACGGCUUCCUGGUGGAGACCGUUGGCAUCCCCCUGGAUGACAGCAACAAGCCCCGCCUCACCGUGGGCUGCCCAAUGCGGUGCACGUUCUGCGCGACGGGCAAGGGCGGCUUUGCGCGAAACCUGCGGCCGCACGAGAUCGUGGACCAGGUGCUCACCGUGCAGGAGCAGUUUGGCACGCGCGUCAGCAAUGUCGUGUACAUGGGGCAGGGCGAGCCGUGCCUGACGUGGCGCUCGGUGCUGGCGUCAGCGCAAUUCAUCAACGCUGACAUCGGCGUGGGGGCGCGCCACAUCACCAUCUCCACGGUGGGCGUGCCCAACUCCAUCGCCAUGCUGGCGCAGGCGCUCAAGCAGCACAGCCUGCAGGUCACCCUGGCAGUCUCCAUCCAUGCGCCCUCCCAGGAAAUUCGUGAGAAGAUCGUGCCCAGUGCCAAGGCGUACCCCUUUGAGGCGCUGCUGGAGGACUGCAGCAAGUUCUACAGCAUCACGGGGCGGCGGGUCACCUUCGAGUACACCCUCCUUGCCGGGGUCAAUGACUCCCCUGCACAGGCGGAGGAGCUGGCGCGGGUGCUGACUCGGCACGGGCUGCGCGGCGCGCACGUGAACCUGAUCCCCUGGAACGCCGUCGAGGACGCGCAGUUCAAGCGGCCCAGCAAGGCGGCUGGCCGCGCCUUCCGCGACGCGCUCGACAAGGCCGGCAUCCCCGUCAGCAUGCGAGUCACCCGCGGCACCGACGCGGCCGCCGCAUGCGGGCAGCUGCGCAACGAGCACCAACGCACGCCCCUGGACGGAUCCCUGCGCCAGCAGCUGGCGUGA